AUGCGAGAAAUUAUCGCGCUUCACAUGGGCCAGGCUGGCGUCCAACUCGGCCACGCAAUUUGGGAGUUGGCCUGUCUAGAACACUGUGUCAGUCCAACGGGCGAAUUCAAUGCCGCAUGUGGUGAUGGGCCACCCAGUGAGGGAUUAGAAAGUGUGUUUCUCGAGUGCAGAAAUGGAAACUACUGCCCGCGAGCGCUCCUGCUGGAUCUGGAACCCACUGUUAUCGUGUGA